GUGGGAUUUUAAAAUUAGGGUUCGUAUACGAUUUUGGGGGUUUUCGAUUCUAGGUUUUAAAUCGUCUUCUGGGUUUCAUAUAGGGGUAGAUCGAAGCAUUUCGUUGUAGAUUAGUGUGAUUUUCAAAAUAGGGUUCAUAUUCAAAUUUGGGGGUAUUCGAUUGUAGGUUAUAAAUGGGCAUCUGGGUUUCAUAUAGGGCUAGAUCGAAGCGUUUCCUUGUCGAUUAGUGGGUUAAUUUUGAAUUUUGGGGGUUUUCGAUUUUAGGUUUUAAAUCAAUAUUUUUUUGUGAUGUUAUUGUAAUCCGUUAGGUUAUCUGGUUCAUAUGGAUCCCGCAGAGGAGAGGAGAGAUACAAAGAGGCAUCAGGAGUACAUAAACAUGUUGGGAAACGUUUGCGAUUCAGAAUAUGGAAUUCCAAGACGAUGUCCCUGUGGUGGGAGAAUGAUUGACGAGGUGCGGGUGAAGGAGGAGCACGAGACUCAUCCUGGAAAGCGCUUCUUCACCUGCAUAAACUACGAGGUAAGAGAUACCUCAGAGCACUCGUAUAAUAUGUAGUAUAAUUUGUAGGAAAUAUGUUGUCUAAUGUUUUAUAAUGUUGUCACCAAGGCUGAUGGGUUACAUUAUCGUCAGCCUUGGGUUGUAGGUGUCCAGGAGGAGAUCGAACAUCUGCGUAAGCGUGUGGACGAGGCUGAGGAGGUGAUCAAGUGGGUGCCCAAUCUCAAGAGACAGAUAGAGAGUGUAGAGGCACAGGUUAAAAGGCUCGCUCUGCUGGUUGAUAGGCUCACUGGUGACGUUUAUAACCUCACUGUGCAGGUGGAUAUUCUGGAGAAGGUCUGCUUCGAUUAAAAUCCAAAAGGUAAACACCUGAUCUUGAACUGAACUAGAACUGAACUUGACUAGGUUGCUGGCUGGACUAGAACUGAAGCUGAGUAGGUAGGUUCCGUGUUGUAUUAAUUAAAGUGAAUUGAAGUAGAAGUAGCUUCAGUGUAUUAAUUGAUAUUCUCUGAAAGUAAAGUGAUGCUCUGAAAGUAAACUGAACUAGAAGUAGUUUCCGUGUAUUAAUUGAACUAGGGUGGUUGGUGGCAGUGAUGAAUGCUCUGAAAGUGAUGUCAUGCUCUGAUAGUGGUUGUGUUUUGAUGAAUGCUAUCUGUUUUCGUGGUUGGUGGUUGGUAGUUAGAAACUUUAAAACACACCAUGUUUGGUAGUUAGAAACUUUAAAACACACCAAGUUACAUCACCCAAAAUAUUAGUUUAAAUACAUAGUAAAUCCUACUGAGGUUAACUCAAACCAAGUUCUAAAACAGAAACCAACUUUAAAACACACCUACGGAAACCUUAAUGGAUCCGUUUUCCCUUAAUUCUCUCGGGUCUUCUCGUGUUCCCAAACCGGUUGAAAGGAAAAAGUGGACACCACAAGAAGAUAUAGUCCUCAUCAGUGCUUGGUUAAACACCAGCAAAGAUCCCAUAGUUAGUAACCAGCAGAAGUUAGUGUCUUUUUGGAGAAGAAUUGAGGAAUAUUUCAAUUCAAGCCCUCUGCUAACAGGCUCUUCUGGAAGAGAGUGGAGUACAUGUAAGCAGAGGUGGGGAAGGCUAAAUUCCGAGGUUUGUAAGUUUGUGGAAAGCUAUGAGGCCGCUUUGAAGGAGCAAGCUAGUGGCCAAAAUGAGAACGAUGUCAUGAAGGCUGCCCAUGACAUCUUCUUCAACGACUACACGGGCAAGUUCACACUUGAACAUGCGUGGAGGGAGCUGCGGUUCGAUCAAAAGUGGAGGUCAACUUAUUUAACAACAGAUGGUGCAAAGGAGAAAAGGAAGGAAGCUACAGAGACGGUGCCUGGCUCGGAAGAAGAGGUUAGACCACCUGGUGUUAAGGCUUGCAAAGCAGCCGCCAAACGCAAGAAACAUGGGAAUGAAGCAGCAUAUGAUCGACUACAGACCAUUCUAGACAUGAAACAGAACAUAUCCAAGCAGAAACUACUAGAUCGUCUCCUCUCAAAAAAAGAUACUCUAACUGAUAGUGAGGUGUCUCUCAAGGACAAACUCGUAGCUGAGAUGCUUUGAUCUGGUCAGUGAUUACAAACGUAGUAGUUUAGGUUGUUUUCUUGAGUAUUUGCAUAGUUGUUUUAGGUUGUUUUGUUGAUAAUGAAUGUUAAUUGGAACUAUGACUGGUUUGGAAUUUGAGUUGUAUAGUCAUUUUAUUUCAGUUCAUCAAAUAGUAGUAGUAGUUUCGUUGGCUUUAAUUGGAACUAUGCCUGUUACAAUAAAUAGUAGUAGUAGUUUCUUUGGUUUGCUUACUUGCUUACUAACUAUUGGCGUGGUUUUGUUGCUUCUGCAGGUCACGGGUUCUACUUCAACUGGCGUUCUUUGUUGCUUCUGCAGGUCACGGGUGGUAUUAGCUAAGUAGUUGUCACGGGGUGUAGUAGGUAGUGUGUAGCGACAACACGUUUUCAAUUAUGUUGUGUAAUGGGUGUGAGAAACAGUAGUAUUUUGUUGGUUUCUACACUCACGGAUGAAUUAUGUUUGUGUCACGGGUGUGAAAGUGUAGCAUUUUGUUGGUUUCUACACUUCACGUGUAUUGUAAAACAAUGCCUAUAUAAUCUAUUGUCUCAUUUAUGCAUUGGUCUUAAACUUGUUCUUCAUUGCUUCUCUCUAAAACAAUCAGAACACAACAAUCAUCCCCUAUCUUCUUUAAGUUCUUUCCCUUUCCCUAUCUUCUUAACUCAAACUUGUUCUUCAUUGCUUCAUCUGUUAUCUCCAUUUUUUUAAAACACUUAAAUCAUAUUUUGAAUAAAAAAAAAUACUUCUUCUAUCUCAAUUUUUUUUUUAACACGAAAUCAUGUUUUUACUUAAAAAAAAAUUAUUCUUCUAUCUCCAUUUUUUUAAACACUUAAAUCAUAUUUUGAAUAAAAAAAAAUACUUCUUCUAUCUCCAUUUUUUUAAAACACUUAAUCAUAUUUUUACUUAAAAAAAAUGUCAUCAUCAGAGUCAGAUGGCGUAGAUGAAGCUGUUGAAGAAUGGUUCGAUGAAGAAUUUGAUAAUAUUGUCAACUCCCUAGUUGAUGUUCAAGCCAAAAAACCAAAGAGACGAGCUUAUAUCGAAAGAGAUCGGGAACAAGGACACAAUCUAUUAUGGAAUGACUAUUUCAAGGAAAAUCCCACUUACCAACCGGAAAUGUUUAGGCGGCGUUUUCGAAUGAAUAAGCCAUUGUUCCUUCGCAUAGUGGAUGCUCUAACAAAUGAAGUUCCAUACUUUCAGCAAAGAAGAAAUGCCCAUGGAAGAUACGGACUAUCUACACUUCAGAAGUGUACAGCAGCUAUACGUAUGUUGGCGUAUGGUCAAUCAGGAGAUACGUAUGAUGAAUAUCUCCGACUAGGUGAAAGUACUGCACUUUUAUGUUUGGACAAUAUCACUAAUGCGAUAAUACAAUUAUUUGGAGAUGAGUAUCUAAGAAGACCUACAGCUGAUGAUCUUCAACGACUACUGGAUAUUGGAGAGUUACGCGGGUUUCCGGGAAUGGUAAGCAGCAUCGACUGUAUGCAUUGAGAGUGGAAAAAUUGCCCAACAGCUUGGAGAGGACAGUACACACGUGGUUCAGGAAAGCCGAUAAUUAUCUUAGAGGCGGUGGCAUCACAAGACUUGUGGAUAUGGCAUGCAUUUUUCGGACUUCCAGGUACCCUAAAUGAUAUUAAUGUUCUGGAUCGGUCACCAGUUUUUGAUGACAUUUUACAAGGUCGAGCUCCUAAAGUUAAUUUCAAGGUCAACAACCACAAUUAUCGUAUGGCGUACUAUCUUACCGAUGGAAUUUAUCCAAAAUGGUCAAUAUUUAUCCAAUCAAUCUCACUUCCUCAAACUCCAAGAGCACAACUAUUUGCUCAACAUCAAGAAGCCGUAAGAAAAGAUGUCGAACGUGCUUUCGGAGUAUUGCAAGCGAGGUUUGCAAUAGUUAAAAACCCAGCACUACUAUGGGACAAGGAAAAGAUAGGAAGGAUUAUGAGAUGUUGUGUCAUACUGCACAACAUGAUAGUAGAGGACGAACGAGACAGAUUCACUUAGUAUGAUACAUAUGUAUUCGAAUCAGGAGAAUCAAGCAGAAGUUCCGAGGUUGAUGUCGUCUCCUCUACGGAAAGCCUUUCUAAUGUCGGUCAAAUGCGUGGCAUUCGCAAUCAAAUUCGGGAUCAACAGAUACAUCACCGUCUGAAAGCUGAUCUAGUUGAAAAUAUAUGGCAAAUAUUCGGUAAUCAAGAUGAAUAAUCUUUCUAUGUUUAUGAUUUUCAUACUAUUGAAUAAUAAUGUAUUGAAAAAUUUAAAAAAAUAAAUUUUUUUUUUUAAUUCUAAGAACCCCAUGUUCGGGUUCACUAAUGGAAGAAGAAAAUUAAUACAGGUUCAUUACUAUUUCCGACCCCACCAAAAAAAUAAUAAAAAAUUCCAAUGAACCCCAAAUGGAGGUUCAUUGAUGUGGAUGCUCUAAAUGAAUAAAAUAUUCAAAUGAUUUAAAUUAAUUUGAUGAACAGCAUUAGAAAUUUUGAUUCGUAUAAAGAUUAGAAAAUUAUAUGAUCUUAUUAGUUAUUACCCCCACAACGAAGUAUUAAUGUCAGUUGAAAAAAACGGGAAUCUAUUCAAAAUAACCAAAAUCGAAGAUUUUGUUUUUCAGUCAAAAACAUGAAAAUGAAUUUUGAGAGUGGCAUUUUAAAAAUAAUUCUGAAUAGAAAAUGUUGAAAUUUUGUCAAGUUUGAGUUGAGAUUUUUACAUAACAAGUAUUGUGUCAGUUAAGUAGAACGGGAACCUAUUCAAAAUAACCAAAAUCCAAGAUUUUGUUUUUAAGGCAAAAACAUGAAAAUGAAUUUUGAGAGUGGCAAAAAAAAAUUAAAAAAAUUGAGAGUGGCAUUUUAAAAAUAAUUCUGAAUAGAAAAUUUUGAAAAUUUUGUCAAGUUUGAGUUGAGAUUUUUAAAAAGAUUAUCUAAAGAGAAAAUGGGAUCAUAAAAUUAUGUGAGUGGGACAAUGACAAAGAACAUAAAAUAAAUAAACAGCGAAAACCUAUUUUAUCAUGUAACAUAUUGUGGGUGGAUGGUGGAUCCUUAUGAUAGUGUAUGUUUUGAAAUUGUGAUUUAUCUUACUAAUCUUUUGCACAGUUGGUCUCCAGCAAUUUCCACACUAGUCUCCUAGAAUAUAUAUGGUUAUAUAUAUAAGACAUCUAAUAAUUUAAAUACUAGAGCUUCAAGAUAAGUUCUCAAUAAUUGAGAUUGAGACUUCAUAUGCCUAGAAUUUGAGUAAUUUAGUAAUUUAACACAUAAUUUGAGCUAAUUGCAAUAUUUUCUGGAUUAGUUUGUCCAAAAUUUCAAUUAUUUUUUAUUUUACUUUUAGUUUUCUAAAGGAUAAGGAAAUACAAAAGGAAAAUAAUUAAAUCGUUAAAGGUAACUACAAAAUAAAGGGAAUACAGAGAAUAAGAACAUUGCUCUUUUGGACUUCACAAAAGCUAAAGUGAAAAGCUAAACUUUUCUGAAUAAUGGACCGUUUCUUUUUCAUUUAUAAGAACAAAAACCGUAGGUCUCACAUAAUCUAGAUAUUGACAAAAUAUUAUCAUUAAAAUAAUCUUAACUAAUCAUCUAAUCUUUAAUUACUUAUUAAGGUGAUAUAAGCAAAUGGUACCAUUUAAAGGCAACUAACUUAAGAUUUGAACUUUUGACUCAUAGAGAUGUAAUAACCCAUAUAAUCUUAACCUAAGAUGUUAAGUUUACAAGUUAACUAUCAAUAAUCAUGAGUGCGUGAAAUUACGGUUUUGAUUGACUAGGGGACAUAAUUACCGCGCUGAUAACUUUAACAUCACUGUUAACUACAUUUAAUGUGAUUUAUCUCUGCUAAGCUAACCUACAUCAAAUAACCACAGGUUGCUUACAAAAUAAGAUAGAAUAUAUAAAACAAACUACAAGAGUCAAAUCAAACGGUAUGAAAUGAAAAACGUGGAGGCCAAAUGUAACAAACUAGAAGUUU